AUGGAUCAACCGAAACCCCACGUGAAGGGGGGUGGUUCCCAGGAAUUUAUCCAUGGGAACCCGAGGCGAGAUAUGGAACAAAGGAAUGGGAAUCCUGAACUUCCAAGGAGGAUCGCGUUUACCGAAAUUGAUGGGGGCAUUUCAAUUGACCCACGCUCCUCCUCCCCGGGCACCACCGGGGGAGCCCAGAGAGAGCGCGCGUGCAACGAACACUCCAUGUCUCGUCAGUGGUCGUUCGGGGUUCUCGUGGUGCAUUGGAAAGACUGCGCCAAUGCCACCGUUUUCAAGGAUCGGUGA